UUCUCCCCUUCAAACCAGCCAUGGCAGACACAACAGCUGUCAGCCCUCCCGCGGAGGCGUCCAUCCCCACACAACCCUCCCCCACAAUGCCAGAACAACAAUCCCCUCCUCCCGACGACAACGACGCCUCCGCCUCCCCCCCAGCCGAACCCACCGAAACCGCCCUCACCACCACCACCGCCGACACCGACGGCGCCAACCCAGAAAAGAAAACCAAAAAGAUCAUCCGGCGCAAGCGCCGCCCAGCGCGACCCCAAGUCGACCCCGCAACGAUCAAAUCCGAACCGCCCCCCCAGACCGGCUCUAUCUUCAACAUCUGGUUCAACAAAUGGGCCGGCGGCGACCGCGAGAACCAAUACCUCAGCAAACAAGCGGCGGUAUCACGCUGCAACAUCGCCAAAGACACGGGCUACACGCGCGCCGACAAGGUCCCCGGAUCCUACUUCUGCCUGUUCUUCGCGCGGGGGGUGUGUCCGCGCGGCUACGAGUGCGAGUACCUGCACCGGCUGCCCACACUGCACGACCUGUUUAAUCCGAACGUGGACUGCUUCGGGCGGGACAAGUUCAGUGAUUACCGCGAUGAUAUGGGUGGUGUGGGCUCGUUUAUGCGGCAGAAUCGCACCCUCUAUGUGGGGAGGAUUCAUGUUACGGAUGAUAUCGAGGAGGUGGUGGCGAGGCAUUUUGCCGAGUGGGGACAGGUGGAUCGUACAAGGGUUUUGACGUCGAGGGGUGUUGCGUUCGUGACGUAUAGUAAUGAGGCGAAUGCGCAGUUUGCGAAGGAGGCCAUGGCGCAUCAGAGUUUGGAUCAUCAGGAGAUCCUCAAUGUGAGGUGGGCAACCGUCGAUCCGAAUCCGUUGGCGCAGAAGCGCGAGGCGAGACGGUUGGAGGAGCAGGCCGCUGAGGCGGUGCGGAGGGCCUUGCCGGCGGAGUUUGUGGCCGAGCUGGAGGGCAGGGAUCCCGAGGCGAGGAAGAGGAAGAAGAUCGAGGGGACUUAUGGACUGCAGGGCUAUGAGCCGCCGGAUGAGGUGUGGUUUUCCCGCACCAAGGAGUUGGAGGGUGCUGGUGGUGCGGCGGCGCAGCUUGAGGCUCCGGAGCAGCCGUUGAUGAUUGAGCCUGCGUCUGAGUCUGCUGUGGCUUCGCAGCAGUGGGGUGGCGGGGGGAUCUUCUCGAGCUCUGCUGUCGCGGCGUUGCAGGGUCUGGCUGGGGGCAAUGUCACCACGCAGCAGGCGCCGAAGGCUGCUGGGCCGCUGGUGGGUUAUGGGAGUGAUGAUGAUAGCGAGUGAUUUGCAUUUGUGCGUGUACAAUAGCAGAGAUACCUGAAAAUGUUUCUUUAGAUUUGGUCGGUUCGGUUUCAUUAUGUGAUUGGUUUUUCUAUUCAUGGCUAAUAUUCACGCUCUGCAUGGCAUAGUUGUGGGUAUACUUCGUUACAUAAAAAAAAAAAAAAAAAGAG